ACGUUACCGGAAAAAGCAUGCUGGGUAUAUAGCAAUGGCGACAGCUGGAGUAGCUGUCUGCUAAUCAAUCUACUAUUGUAGGAUGACUAGGUUGGUUUGUUUUUCAAAAGGUCAACCAAGAAAUUUGCAAGGGGACUCCGAGUGCGAAGAAAUUUUCUGAUACUAUAAUGUCGUUUAAAGUGGACGUUAGAACUGUGAACUGUUCGUGGAAAACGUGUGUCGUCUGUCGAGACAGGAUUAAUUUUAAGUCUCCUCGCGAUUUUACACAGCAUCUGAGGGAUUUUCAUUGUGCCAAGGAAGGAGGAUCAUUUGUAUGCCGUUACGGGAUGAAUGGGGUGUGCCCUUCUCUACCGCUAGAAGGUGUCAGUGACAGAGACUACGAUGAUCAUGUUUCAAGAGAUCAUGUUUAUUGUGAUACAGGGGGUGCAAGAAAGAAAAUAUUGUCACAGGCAAGUCAAGACAAGACCAGACCUAUACUAGUGACAAAUACAGACCCAAAUAUUGUGCAGGAUCAGUACAAGUGGACCAUUCAUAAUGCCACUGUAAAUUUACCUGCACUUUUAAAUGACCCUCGACUAGUUCGCAGAGAGACAGACUUCUUUACCAAAACCUGGGGACAGAACUUUGAAAAAACCGAAGUGCUCCCAUCACCAUACAUUCCAGAUAUUGAAUCUCAACAUUUUGACAAGUAUAUUCGGAAAAUCGCAGUGCGCUACAAAAAGCAUUUACGACAUAAAGAAAAACUAAACCAACAGAAUGCUUCAGUUCCAGAAACGUUCCAAACAGCUCCACUUCAUUUCAAGCAACUGGAGCAAAGCCGAGCAGAAUUUGAUCAAAUAAAGUUAUUUAUGUCACCACAUUUUAACCUUGAGAAUCCUGAUAUCUUUAACACCGUGUUUCCCUGGACACAAGUGGAAGGGGCAAAAUCAAAUCAAUCUGGUUCAAAACAGUCAUCAAAACUGCUACAGGAAAAGCUUAGUCAUUACCUAGAUAUGGUAGAAGUUCAAAUAGCAAAGCAGAUAUCCACAAAGUCAGAAGCAUUUUUUCAUGCCAUGACUUCUCAUGAUGAACUCCAGGAGCAGUUGUCUCAGACGGUGAAAGUUAUUCAACAUUUAAGGGAAACCAUUCGACGACUAGAUGAUCGAAUGGCUAAAGAGUCUUUGAAGAUAAUGAGGUUAACUCAGACAAGAGCCAAUUAUGUGCAGCUGUUCAACAAGCUGAAAAUCAUGAGCUCAAUUCAUGAAACUCAGCCAACUAUUCAGAGGCUUUUGUCAGACAAUGAGUUCAUUGGUGCUCUAGACCUCAUCUCCACUUCCCAAGAUGUCCUAACCAAAGAUCUGGGUGGAAUUCAUAGCUUCAGGCAUCUCAGCUCACAGCUUGCAGAGAUGGAGAAACUGAUUGACAAAAUGCUCCAGGCUGAUUUUAGCAAAUAUUCUUCUCUUGAAUUACAUCGUCCUGUCACAGAUAAAAGACUUCUAAUGGAAGAGGAACAACUGGUGUCCAUUCUGUUCGGCAUGCUGCGUCAGCAUAAAUUAAACUUUGUUGAUGUAUACAGAGAAGAGGCAUUUACAGCUCUCAAAGCCAUUGUAAAACAGACCAUUGUGGAGGCAGUAUCAGUGGCAGAUGAUGUGGACACAGAAGGUACAGUAGGAAGUCUGGCUGAUCAGAUGAGGCUGCUAGACUAUCCACAAUGGAUGGGGCUUCUGGGUGAGAUCUUCACCAACCUCAAGCUUCUCCUUCAGCGUGCACAAGCAUUCUAUGGUGUGGCAACAGAUGUUUGCAACAUCGCUUCUGGAAGGACGAAAACAUCAUCACAAAUGUCUGACAUGAGCCAAGAGGAGCGUCUUCUUAGCCAGUCUGAGCAUCUUCAUGUCUCUGUGAGUGAGGAUGUGGACGUGAUGAUUUCAGAGGCAGAACACAUCAAGGUCCUCGGCGCCCUGAAGGAAAUGCUAUACUCCAUCUGUGAUUAUGCUCAUGACCGUUGUGUCAAGGUCAUGACAGCCAGAGCCAAGGAUGGUUUUCUAGAACGCCUGUCGUCUAGUGAGUUUGUGCAUCUUUCACGAGAAGUUGAAAACUUUAUGGCUGAAACAGAGAACGUAUGUGGCAGAGCAUCAGCAUCACUACGCAGUAUUCUACAGAGCCAGGCUCAUAGGUUUGUUGCUAGAUUCCACGAAGAAAGGAAAAUAAAAUUAAGCCUCAUUCUGGACAAUGAAAGAUGGAAACAGGCUGAUGUUCCUGCUGAGUUCCAGGCUUUAGUUGACCACAUCAGCUCCAGAGGUGUUUUGUCUCUGCCUGAAAAGAGAGCUGAUACAGAAAGUAGACCAGGAGAGGUCAUUCUUGUUGAUGGAGAAAAAUAUGCUGUUGUUGGAACAGUUUUGAUGCUGGUCAAAAUGGUGGUUGAGUAUUGUCAGUGUGUCACUGACAUCCCCAGUGCCACUCCAGAGCUACUCACCAGACUUGUGGACCUUUUGAAGAUGUUUAACUCAAGAACUUGCCAGCUUCUUAUUGGGGCUGGGGCAAUACAGCUUGUAGUUCUGAAGAAUAUUUCAGUUAGAAAUUUAGCAUUGGCAUCCAGGUGUCUGCAGCUGGUAGUCCACUACAUUCCACUUGUGCAAAACCACUUUGAAUUAGCACUGCCACCCAAGAACCACAGCAUGCUCCGACAUUUUGACAAAAUAAUUAAGGAUUAUCAAGACCAUAUAGAAGAAAUUGUGAAUACUUUGGUCAGCAUUGCAGAAAACAAUCUAAAGGGACUACUGACUAAGUAUGAAGUGAAGGCACCAAUGCCAUCUCAGUGCUUCAGGGCUGUGUGCAAGCAGCUAGCAAAACUUCAUGAAGUUUUGGUUGGAGUUCUUCCCCUUCCACAAGUCAAGGACGUAUUUGUUAAAAUAGAUACAUCCUUCAAGCGUCUGCUGGGUCAACGUUUGAUUACCCUGGGGGUUGUAAAUGAUGGUGGACCUCAGCAUGGAUUGGUCUCUUCAGAUCUGUCGUUCUAUGCAGGGAGCUUUGCAACACUGCUUGGCCUAGAGAACCUGGCACAGAACAUGGAUGAUGUCUGGUCCAUCAGAUGACCCAACCAACACGGGAAAUCUAGAUGAUAGCUGUAGCAAAAUUUCAGAAGCCUACACAGCACUUGCCUCACCAUCUAAAGCAGAAAAGCAGUAACAUAGUAGGUCUAUGCUGCCUUUUUGUAAAUGUGAGUUCAAACUUAAGAAUAUAAUCUUCAUUGAUGUAUUUUCACCUCCCUAACUAGGGGUAAACAAUAUUUGUAAGGGGAAAAGGCAAUUGCCAUUGCUGUACGCUGAGCAGGAUGUCUUUGCACUGAUGUUGAUAGUGCAGUAGUUAGCAGUGUGCACAUUGCUCAGGAAAAGGAACUGAGAUUAAAAAAACAAAAACCAGACUGCUUGGCAUAAAACUUCUGCUGUAAGGCCAUACUUUGAAAGACAUUUCAUGUACGGCACAAAAGUGGUUGUGGAUCAUCACCACUGAAGAAGUCUUCAGCUGCAGCUUCGCUGUGGUGUUUUGUCAGCAGUGACUGUGAUUCAGAUGAACCUGUACUUUUCCUAAACCCAGAUCUUUCACAGUCAUCAAAAUGAAGAUAAAAAAGGGGGAUAUGUGCUUUAAAGCUUUUUUUUUAAUCAGCAAUUCCAAGCAAGAGCACAAGAUAUUGUGUGUAUAUGUGACAGUGCACAUGCAUUCAGGUGGCUGUAAAGUGAACAUGUGUUUCUGAAUGUGCACAAAAUAGCCUCAAGACUAUUUUAAAAUUAGUAGUGCCACUUUCUUCUUUUAUUUCAGUAUUCAGAAGGAUGAAUACAUUUUGCUGUUGUUCAGAAGUAUUCAAUUGCGCACAUAUAUGUGCUCACAAUCAUGAGUGUUUUGAAAAUGCAGAUGAUGGCCAGUGCUCUUUUAUGUAUUAAGUUUUAGCAGAUUUUGAAGAUCUGUUUGACACUGUGUUGUCUUUUUGUUUCAUAUACUGUAGUUCAACAGAGUUCUGGGUUGUCAAUAACUAGAUCCUCUCCUCAAUACAGACAGUAAGCUAGCAAACAUAAUGAGCUCACUUUUUGUUGCAGCAACAUUAUUUGGUGCUAAAUAUUGUUUGCACAGUAGCAAGUAUUAACAAAGUCUCUUCUUUUAGGAGUACACAUUACCUUUCACCAUUUUCAUUUUCUGUAAGUGUUACAUUCUCUUGUGUAUAUGUGCAUAUGCAUGCCUGAGAACACUCUUUUUACCAUAUAAAGGACUAUAUUUAAAGAAAGCCAACAAUGUUAACAUGUGAAUGAUCCUAAAUCAAUGUAGUGGUUUUCAUAAGUGAAAAUGGUGGGGUUUUUUUUUUUGUCACAUGCAGGUCCGGUGUUGGUAAUCAAUAAUCAAAUCAUUUUGCCUUGUACCAAACCACUUCAUCAGAUCUUUCAUUUAUACAUUUUAUCUUGCAUUUACAAUGCAGCUGAUGUGUUUUCCUUGUUCCUAGUUUGUUGAUUUGACCAUUUGGUAUAUUCACACAGUCCAAAGUACUUAUGCUUGUUGUGCACUAGCGAUAAUGAGGUAAGGUUUUAGUGGGUCACUUUAGAUCUCUGAUGUCUUGCUGUCAGACUAUGUAUGACUUCAGAAAUAUAACUGAAAUAGUAUCAUCUGUGAUUCAAGUAUCUGCUUUUUGCUUGAACUUCAUAUCUACUUCUAUCUGUUGAAUGCUUUCAGUAUGGUCAGGGGAUGUAUGACAUGGAUUUUGUAUCAGCAAUUGAAAAAGAAAAUGCACAAAGGAUAAUUUUAUCUUGCCUGUAGUCAGAAGAAUCAUUUAUUCUCAUUUAUUUUAUGACUUGUAAUACUUUACUGGUCUACAUGUAUUAUGCUUAAAGAUUCCUUCUUUGCAAAGGCAACAUGUAAAGGUUAGUAGCUUUAAAUUAGGUAUUACAUUUCUGUGUAACUCUUAUUUAUAAAUUUGCUUUGAAGUCAGUAGGGUAAAUUAAAGUGCAAAAUUUCUAGGUAAAGAACACUGGAGUGGCCAAUUAACUGAUUGCUUAAGUCAUUGUAUUGUAGCACUCUUUUAUUUCUUAUUAGUUUCCAGGGUUCAUGUUACUAUGGAGAACAUGCGGAAUAAAUAAAAUAUGACUAAGUACCAUUCCCAUCCUCUUGAAGAACAUCUUGUCAGCAAGAUCAUUAACAAGUGUUUUCCACUUAAGUAAUCAACAUUGACUUUAUAUGCUUUAACAUAGGAAAGCAGCUUUUUUAAUAACAUUGAUGAUAUUUCUCUUAUCUUUUAUAUUUAUAUCUUUCAUGCAUCUACCACUCAUUAUGAAUCCAAUGAUUGAGAAGCAAAUGAAAUCUGUGAAAGCUUGAUUUCACAAUUUUGCUCUUUUAGUAGGACUAUAAGAGGCUUGUUUUGGAUUUUCAUUGAUCUCAGCGUCAUCAGAUAGCAUGAUAAUGCUUCUAGUCGUCGUUGUUUCACAGAGUAAACAGGAAUGGACAGCAUAACUGUAAAUUUUGUUUUGUAUAAAGAAUGCAAAUUUUGAAAUACAAACUUCUAAGAAGUUCUAAUAUAUGACAAUAAACAGGUUUGUAUAAAAAUCAGUGGGGCUGUUCCCCGCCUCCAUCCUACAGAGGUAGGGGAAAGAAGCUAUUACAUGAAUGAUAUUUCAUAGGGGCUUACAGUAUUGCACAGCUACUGUGGUGUAAUCUACUGAUCUACAUUAGCCUGGUCUUGAGGCAGUGAAAUUUAUACUUGUGUUCAAAGUUGUUUUUUUUCUUCAUGCAAUCUGCCUACUACAGCAUCUCAGGUUCUUAUAGGACUUCUUCUACUAAAGCAGUUCUUGGCUUUAAAUGUUGGAUCAGAUCAGCACAUCUGAUAAGACAUCAAAGUUCAUCUCCCACAUUUAGAUAAAGUUUUCAAGCAUAGUAUUGAUGGAGCUCAUUUUCUGUAUAUUGGUAUGUUAUUUAUUUUUGGAGUAACUUCUUGUCAUUUUUUAUGUAUAUUUUUAUUUGUGCGAAAUGUGUCUGCAGAAUGGGAAUUUGACAAGGUGCCUUGAAAGUGUGGCUACUGGCAACAAAUAUGAGAAUGCUGUUUGUGCAUCCAUAUAGUUCUUUUUAGCUAAGUACAAGCUUAUGACUAAGUACAAGCUUAUAACUAUCAUUUGAAUGGAUGAUGUGAAUGAAAGUUUAUUUCAUAUUUUUAUUUCCCAUAUUUUGUUCAGAGGCCAUCACUGAAUUUUAUUUUUAAAUGACUUUUUUUUCUUGGCUCUUGCUUUGUAUAUGAUGAAUAUUUGUUAUCAGUUCUUACACAGAACCUGUAAAAUGCAUUUUCCCAAUCAUGAAGGAACCACAACAAUGUAAAUGUUCCCAGCAUAGACAAAUAACAUAAAGCUCAAAUCUAGUUAAUAGCAGCACAAUUUUAUGAUAGUUUGACCAUAUUUUGUAAACAUAGAUCAGUCUGCAAGUGACAAGGGGUCUUUGUGUUUAAUGAUGCAGAAAAUGUCAGGUUUUAGUCAUUGAACAUGUUUCUGCUGCUAAAAUCAGUUUUACAUUUUUUAAAGAUAACUCAUUGAUUUGCUUCUGUAAGUGAAUGGAAUAGUAAAGCUUUAAUGUGGACUUGUCACCUUGACUUCCUGCAUAAUUUCUGUGCAGUGAUCGGGUAUGCACAGGACAUACCACAUAUUCACUGCCAGUUAUAAAAAUUAGAAAAGGGCCAUAUAUUUGAGCUCAUUGUAUUGAUGCACAAGGCAACAGGCAGACAGUCAAAUGGAAAUGGUUGUCUCAUCACAAAACCAAGUACCAAAAAUAUUAAAAAUAUUUACAAUAUCUCAUUCCUAAUGUAUUUAAAUUGUUAGUGCCUGAAAUGAUCAAAAGAUGGACUUACAGUUAUGCUGAAAUUUUUUUUCUUAAGAACUACGAUUCCGGGGAAAGAACUGCUGCAUUCAAUAGUGAAAUUCUCUUUAGCAAGUCAUUUUACCUUAAUACAGGUCAGGUUGUUUACUGAUUUUUGGGUACUGCCUUAGUUAUGCUUUAUAUAGUCCAAGUAUUCAGUUUAAUCCUAUGUACGAGUUAUUUGGGAACAACCUAUUUCCAUUGGUUAUGGUCUCACGGUUCAUGCCACAAAACUAUGUUAAACUCCUGAGAGUAUGGUUUGAGCAUCAGGGAUUUCACACCUACGUGUCAAAUUAUAAUUUUGUGUACCUUUUAUCUCGAAAUACAAUGUGUAUAAAUAUAGAUGCAUGUAUCCAAACCGAGUCUACACAAUUAUAAUGGUACAUAUGUAAACUGCAUGUAUGUUUUGUUUCCAUGAAGACCACUUGUGCUGUGAUAUUUUAAUAAAGACAACAACUAAAUUCUUUCUACUAGUAAAUGUUAUGGGAUGCAGAGAAAAUGUAAAAAUCAAAGAAACAGCUGGUGUUGAGUGCCUAUAAAAUAAAUACAAAACUGGUGUUGUAAUAAAGUAACGUUACACUUUAAAUAUUAGUAAACACCUUUCCAGAAGGAUAAAGUUCGUGUUUCAGCAGAAUUUUCAUCGGCUGUUUUCUUUCUUUGAUGGAAGACAAAUGUAAGAAACAUGCAAUAAAUGCAUGAGGGUGGCCAGAGGAAGAACUGGCUAAAGAAAGACUGAACUGGUUGUCAUAUGUAGGACCUGCUCACUAUCACCCAGAACAGGCAUGAGCAGUGGGCCUCAUUAGUUACUGCAUCUAUCCAUGUGCUACCACACACACACCAACCAGUGCCAGCCAAGGGACGAAAAAAUGCUCAUUUCUGUACACAUUGCUACUGGAGAUGGUAUUAGAUUAGCUGGUGGUGGAGGAUGAUGUUUAAUCAAGAACAAACCAACAACUUGGAUAGUUUCCCAUGAAUGCAUUUUCUAUCUCCCAAGCAACAGCUGUUUCAGAUCACAAUGAACAAUUAUUACAAAAAACCCCCAUCAAUGUUUGAACCUCAGUAACAAAUUGCAUGCCCAGUGAAUGAUAAACUGCAAAAAAAAAAAAAAAA